CGAACAUCAAAACAGACCCAUCCAUAUUCUCACUCUUGUAUUAUAUAAAAAUCCGACACCCAACUUCCGCGGCUGUUCUCCAAGUGUCACUGGCAAUCUAAGUCGGCGUAUCGCCCCUCAACAUUGCAACCUUCAGCAUGUCAACCACUGCACGCGCAGGUAGUGACCAAAUGGCCGUCCGUUCUACCGUGCCGGCACCAAGUGACCCACCCCCCACAGCCGCCAUCAGGGCGUUCUUAGCGGAGGUGGAUCAUCCCUAUCAUCGCCCACCACCGGGGUUUCAACCAACCAUGUCGGUCAAUUCCGUAGUAGACGCUGCGGAAACACGUGCCCGUAACAUGAUUGCGGCGCUGGAGCUUUCCCCUUUCCCUCAGAAAGUCUCGGGCUUGACUUGAGCACAGCCACAGCAGACCAGCAGCGUUGGGGAAAGGAGCUGAUGGAGUGGCGCACGGUGCAGCUACAGUUAUUUCUGGGGCGGCGCACUGUACCUAGCACACCUACCUGGUACUUCAGCAUCCUACGUUUUUCAGGGUUUAGUAAUCGCGUUGAGUUGUCAUUGCGAGGGAGUCUAGAUUUAGUAUACUUUGUCCAUAUCUAUACUUGCAACCUUCUCACC